AUGGACUCUACAGAAGAACAGAAUUUUGGGGAGACAUCUGCGAAGAAGACUCGGCCCUCGGUGGAGUACGCUCAAUCCUCAACCGAGCUUCAAUAUGUUACGGCAAAGAGCAAGACCCCGGGAGAAAACGAUUCGUUACUUCCGCCUAAGGAGCUUACGGAGAGACUCCGCCAGGUACUUAAGGAUGCUGCUCCUUUAGUAAGGGUUAGCCAACUAAGUCAUAAUGAAUUCACUGAUUUCAUAAACUCCCUCUGCUCCAUGAGAGAACAGAGUAUACCCUCUCUUCAGUCCUCUUCGUAUUUAGAGGAUAAAAAGGUUGACGUCCCCUGUCUAGUAUGGGUCACCGCAAUCACUAACGCCUGCAAACCGCUGCCGAAACCGAUGACCUCCCUUUGGAAGGAGAAUAUAGAGACAGAGUAUAGGGCAUUUCGAGCAUUUCUGGGUCCUAUUUUAAGGCUCUGGAGGUUGAUAGAUGCUGUGAAUGCUGCUGUGCUAAUCAUGGCGGGACGUAAGCCGACAUAUAAUCUUGAGGGCUGGGAAGCGCAUAAGGACAAAGAUGGCAAUUGCAUUGCAGAAGGACCAUUUAUUCAGGAAUGUAGAGGCCUUCACCUCACGGAGGCUCAUGAUCUCAAAGACAACCUCCUCGGUCUUUAUGGAGAAGCGGACCUCCAUAAUCACCUAAGGAUUUCACUCACGGAGUGUAUUACGUCUACUAGAAGCACCAACAAGCUAGACCGAAUGCCGGCCCUGAAAGCACUUUCAGGAUUAUGCAUACCAAUCACCAAAUACGCCCUUUUCUCCAUGACACACCUCCGCAUCCUCGGAGAUAAAACCAAUCAAAGCUCGUUUAUGUUCGGUUCCAGGCAGGUACUUGAAUUGUACUUUAGCUAUCUGCUCUUGCAAGAGCUCGUCCGCGACGAGAAGUUAGCCACUUCGGAUUCUCAGAACCCCCCGUCUACUAUCAUAUAUGAUCCUUCUCCUGGGGUCCGACUCUUUAUGAUUGCUAUGCUGGAAAAGGAGGCCGGGACCUACGUACAUGAGACCUUCCGUACCGACAUUUUGAAGGCGGUCGGUAAUUAA